AAAAUUAAUUUAGGCUGACAAAGUCCAAAACAGUAAAAGGUCAAGUGACAGAACGUUGUAAUUUAAUUAACUUGGGUAUAUUUGGCAAAUUGUAAGGGAUUACAAGGAACACAAGCAUUUGAAUACCUUCGACUCAAACCAUCAGCCUGUCUGCAAAUGGCAGACAGGAAGUAGAACUCGGAAGCGCGUAUUGCUGUACCAUGUGUACUUCACAUCACGUCACACUCCUGAUACCGCAGGGUGACCUCUUCCCCACGUGCGCCAUUUGUACUUGAGAAAAACUCUGUACAGUAGGUCACAAACACUUAAGCUCCCCGAUUGGACACAGUCUUAUCCUGAGACAGCAGGCGCGAUCGCCCCUGCCAGGAAGGCAUGAGUGUAGAUAAUAUGCAGUCCGAGAGCUGAGGGAGGGACUCAGGCGUGGCGAGAAGCAACCUGGUUACCAAGCAUGAAAAACGCUCAGUCUCCAAGGAGAAGGUGCAGCUGACGCAGCUCUCCAUCGCUGACACACAUUGCAACCCACAUUCGCCUAGAAGAGCGAGGGUGUGCUGCGAAGCGGCGUGGGAACGCAGGACGGAGCGCCGAGCAGGUGCUGUCCUUCCUGCUGGAAAUUAUGUUGUGUCCCAGGAGAACGAAGCACUGUUUCCUGUUGAGCCUAGGCAUCUGUACUGCAGUCUACAUUUACCUGAAAGCCAAUAUACAGCUAUAUUUCACUGCUCACCCCAAGUCGGAGAGCAGUAGGCCUUUCCCUCAGUACUGCAGGCCAUUCAUGCCCAGACAGGGGGCACCAUGGCAGAUGAGAGACUGCCUCUCUGAAAACUAUUUCACCACAAAGAAGCCAAACUGCUCCCGAAUAGCUGAGGAACUCCACUUUAUCACAGCUCCCUUGAGUCGAGAGGAAGAGGAGUACCCUCUGGCCUUCAUCAUCACCAUCCACAAGGAGCUGGAGUUGUUCAUGCGCCUCCUAAGGGCGAUUUACGCCCCCCAGAACGUCUACUGCAUCCACGUUGACGGCAAAGCCUCACAGCAGUAUAUAACCAUUGUCCGUCAGCUGGCCAGCUGCUUUCCUAAUGUGUUUCUCGCAACCACAAGAGAGAAGGUGACCUAUGCAGGCUUUUCACGCCUCAAGGCGGACCUCAACUGCAUGGAGGAUCUGGCCAGAUCCUCGAUACCCUGGAAGAAAGUAAUAAACCUAUGUGGCCAGGACUUCCCAGUGAUGUCCAAUCUGGAAUUGGUGCGGUAUCUACAGAGUAAGCCGUGGAAUGGGACCAACAUGACUCCAGGCGUCAAACAGCCGUCGCCCAUGAAGUACAGAACACAGAUACAAUAUGAGGAGAUUAACCACUCCUACAUGGCCCCUAAGGGCAAGACGUACACAAAGGGGUCACCUCCACACAACUUGGACAUCUACUUUGGGACAGCCUAUUACGCUCUGACACGGCCAUUUGUGGACUUUGUGCUGCGGAGUACAGUGGCUAAGGACCUACUGGAGUGGUCCAGAGAUACCUACAGCCCUGAUGAGCAUUACUGGGUAACACUAAACCACCUAAAAGAUGUACCAGGGAGCCAUACAAGAGGAAAAUGGGAAGGUAACAUUCGUGCAAUAAAAUGGAAAGACCAAGAGGGAACAACACACAAAGGGUGUAAAGGGCAGUACGUUCGAGACAUCUGUGUAUUUGGAUUAGCAGAUCUGCCGUGGGUCACUGCCAAGAACAGCAUGUUCGCUAACAAGUUUGAAAGACGGCUCUUCCCAGAGGCAGUAGACUGCUUGGAACUGUGGCACCGACAGAAAGUUCUGCAGCAAGCAGAUGUACUCAUCCAACCAGAAUGGCACCUUGCGACAAGCAAAGUCUCAAAUCAAACUCUCACUGAACCAGCCACUGUGGACGGAAGAGGAUGAAGAACAAUUACCAGUUACUGACUUUUUUUUUACCAAAUCCCAAAAAUAGAUUUUUAAAUACUGCCUUUGCAGGGUUCAAAAUAUGACAUAUGACUAACUGUAUUGUCAGAAAUAUGUAAAUCUAUGCUGACAGAAGGGUUGUGCGAUAUCACAUCGCAAUGUAAUAGUGACUAUAUGGCACAUGCGCAAUGAUUAUCAUGGCUUUAGAUAACGGGCAAAACAUUUGCCUGGACACUGGCAUUUUGGCACUAUACGGACAUCUACUUACGCCCACAAUUUGCUAAGCAGAUUAGGGGCACACCUAAAAUAUUAAGGAGACGUGUAUUAUGACACCCAAAAGUUAGUAAUCUGUAUAAAUGCGACGUAUCCUUAUGUUCAGUAAAUGUGUCGGACUAUAAAGUGCAGAAAAAAUACCGCUGGAAUGGCAAGAAGACAGAGAAUGAAGGAUGCAUGCAUGUAGCAUCCAACUAAAAUAUGAUACAGUGGUGAGAGAAAGCCAGUCCAUCAUGGAUCAAUGAAAUUGACUUUCUGUAUUUUUUUGGCUUCGACAAAAGUAAAACAUGCAUAGCCCAUUGGACGCAUCAUAACGGAAAAGACCUCCGUACAUACAAGGCACCACUUCUGCUGAUGUCAUCAAGAGAUCAAACAAUACAGAUCAACGGAGUAAACCACUGUUACCUACCACAGCUGGGGAACACCACAGCUAUUUAAGAGUCUCAUAACAGCAUCAGGUUCCACUGUCCAAACUAGGCCAUUCGUACAUAUGUAUAUUUGAAAUAUUUGUUUUUAAAUAACGUGACUUGCUUUCUAUCUAGUUUAAGUUUCCAGCCAGGUUUUGCAUUGCUUAGCAUUCUGCAGUGGGGACAAGGAUUUGGCCCUAAUUGCAUGUCACCACUGGCAAAAAAGGCAGAGCAGAGCGUUAGCAUGCUCCUAUAAGUCAAAGCAGACUGCAGUCUAGUGAGACAAAGGUUAUUUAACAGUACGUUCAGAUGGAGCAUGUCCCUCGUUUAAGCUCGCACGAGAUAGUAUAAUGAGGUAUGAAGACUGAGAUGUACCCAAUUGCACUGAUGUCAUAAUCUGGAGAUUCAUAAGUGAACCUUUCCAUCUUAGCUGAUCCAGUAUAAUAGCUUAUCCAUUGUUACCUUGGCUAUUGUUCCUAAUGGUACUGGGGGGGGGGGAUU